CACCACACUACACAGACACACGCAUACACACACACACACACACACACACACACACACACACACACACACACACACAUACACACCACACUCAACACAAAAUACACAAGACAGCCACAACUUAAAGCCAACUCUGACCACAACCCAACAACAUGCCCAGCAAACUGCCACGGAGACAAGAACACCCCAUGAAGCGCGUCGACGCUUGGGACGACGGAUCCGAAUACCUACCCGGCGACAAGAUGCCUCCCCCGCUUGGCGGAGACAAAGCCCCUUUCUACUCACCUCCGGUCCCUGAGGCGGCACCGAAGACGUCGGCAUACGUGCCAGGCUACGCGAGGAAGCCGCCAGGGAGAGACGACGACACCCGCCCCAGACACCGCCACGCCUCUCCAUCCUCCGGGUCCGACGGCCGAGCCCGCGAGAGGAGGCACCACCGCGAGAACAGUCCGCCGCAACACCGCCGGACGCGGUCACCCUCGCCUCCUCGCAGGCGAGAGUCCCAAAGGCUGGCAGCCCGAGACGGCCGCCCCAACACCCUAGAGUCCCGCGCGACUGCCCCCCCGCCCGUAAGGGACGACCCGCCCUCAAGAUACGCCGCAAGGUCUCCCUCACCACGCCGCCACCGAGACCGCGACCCGCCGCUCCGGCGAUCCGACCGGCACCGCAGCCCGCCUCCCGCACGCCGUCGUGACCGCGAGCGCGACCGCGCAUCAGACGGCCACCGGGAGCGCUCGCCGCGGUCGGACGGGCACAAGCGCACGCGGCAGCGCUCGCCGUCGCUGGCACGCAAGGCGGCCCCGCCACCAUCAGCAGGCAAGAACUCGUCAACAGCCACGCACCGGCCGACCAUGGCGCGGUCCAAGACCACAUCAGCCAAGGAGCGGUUCGCGGCGCUCAGCCCGCGGUGGCAGCAGGCGGCCGCAGCAGCCUUCCAGGCCGGGUCGGCGACCGCCAUGAACCUGCGGUCGCAGCCGGGCGCGUGGAACGGCGAGAAGGGCGCGCGCAUCGCGACUGCCGCGCUCGGCGCCGCUGCGAUCGAUGCGUUUGUGCACGGCGACAAGGACCGCGAUGUGGCCAAGUCCAGCAAGCCCAAGGAGAGCAAGAUGAGCAGUGGCGACGGUGGCAAGGCUAAGGAUAAGGGACCUGAUGUCCAGGCGCUGAGUGGCGUGCUCGGCGGGCUGAUUGUUGAUCAGAUUGCGAAGAGGAACGCGGCGAGGCAUAGCAAGGGGAAGCGUUAGGAGUAUGGGCGGAGGCUAUGCGGAGGGGGUUAUGACUCAUAACUUGGACUUUAGCUCGCUUGUUUCAGAUUGUUUUCUGGGUGUUGCCUUCCUCGGUUUUCUUUUUUCUGUUUUUCUUUUUUCUGUUUUUCGUUUUUUCUUCUUUCGGGUUUCUUUUCCCCGAGGUUGUUACCGGGCAUGCGAUUUGUUUACUUUGUACUUUAUUUACUUUGUACUUUACUCCUGGGUCUUGUCUUUAUUAUUGCGUUGAGGAUGGGGCACGAAAAGAGGAUUCGGGUAGUCAAUAUGAUUUAAUAUCGCAUAGUUAUUAUCUAUCAGCUAUCUGGGAAAAA